AUGAUUACAAACUUGUUCUAUGUGGUUUUCUUAGUAAUCAUUAUUUGUUCAUCUUCUUUUCUAAUAUCAGUCUCUCAUUCUGAUGGUGAGGUUGAAUACAACUACAAAAGUGGAGAUAGUAAAGGACCAGAGAAUUGGGGGAAGAUAAAACCAGAAUGGAAACUUUGUGGGAUUGGAAAAUCACAAUCUCCAAUUGAUAUCCUAAAUAAUAUGGUGCAAGAACUCCCUGAACUUGGUAAACUUGAAAAAAAUUACAAACCAGCCCCCGCUGUUCUAAAGAACAGGAGUCAUGAUGUCAAGCUCGUAUGGAAUGGUGAUGCAGGGAAGUUUGACAUAAAGGGAAUCUCCUACAAACUAGUAAAUUGUCAUUGGCAUAUACCUGCAGAGCACACUUUGAAUGGAACAAAGUUUGAUAUGGAACUACAUGCAGUUCAUCAAAACUCUAAAGGAGAGAUAGCUGUUAUUGGAAUAUGGUAUAAAAUUGGAGGUCAAGAUUCCUUCCUUUCAAAGUUGCUUGAAAAAAUAAAGUUAAUUGGUGACAAGGAUAUGGAUAUAGGAAAAAUUAACCCAAAAAAAAUCAAGUUUGGAAGCAAAAAUUAUUACAGAUAUAUUGGUUCUCUUACAACUCCACCAUGUACUGAAGGUGUUAUUUGGACAGUGCUGCAAAAGGUGAGGACAGUCUCGAGUGAACAACUAAAGGUUUUGAAAGAAGCUGUUCAUCCUGGAUUUGAGGAAAAUGCAAGGCCAACUCAGGAUCUUGGUGAAAAACAAGUUUUUUCAUAUAAUUCUAAAAAGAAAGUAGUACAAGAAUAAGUAGAUUUUGUUAUGAAUUAGUAACAAUGUUUGUGGUGGUUUG